GAUGAAGUCUGUCCCAAAGCUGAAGGGGAUGAAGUUCAGCGGUGUGUGUGGGCCUCGGCAGUUGAUGUCAAAGACAAGUUUAUUUAUGUGGCGCAGCCAACUUUGGACAGAGUCCUUAUCGUUGAUGUGCAGUCCCAGAAAGUUGUUCAGGCAGUGAGCACAGAUCCUGUCCCAGUUAAAUUACACUAUGACAAAUCACAUGAUCAAGUUUGGGUGCUAAGCUGGGGCACCAUGGAGAAGACUUCACCAACACUACAAGUAAUAACUCUGGCCAGUGGGAAUGUGCCUCACCACACGAUCCACACCCAGCCAGUGGGAAAGCAAUUCGACAGAGUGGAUGAUUUUUUCAUUCCCACCACAACGCUCAUUAUCACCCAUAUGAGGUUUGGAUUUAUUCUUCAUAAAGAUGAAGCUGCACUACAGAAAAUUGAUCUUGAAACCAUGUCAUAUAUCAAGACAAUUAACUUGAAGGACUAUAAGUGCAUUCCUCAGUCGUUGGCAUAUACACACUUGGGAGGAUACUACUUUAUUGGCUGCAAACCUGACAGCACUGGAGCAAUUCCACCACAGCUCAUGGUGGAUGGUGUAACUGACUCAGUCAUCGGGUUCAAUAGCGAUGUGACAGGCACUCCGUAUGUCUCACCAGAUGGCCACUAUCUAGUCAGCAUUAACGAUGUGAAAGGACUUGUGAGGGUUCAGUACAUUACUAUCAGAGGAGAAAUAGAGGAGGCUUUUGACAUUCACACAAAUCUGCACAUAUCCGAUCUGGCAUUCCAGCCAUCCUUUACUGAAGCCCACCAAUACAACAUCUAUGGUAGUUCAAGCACACAAACCGACGUGCUCUUCGUGGAGCUCUCCUCUGGGAAGGUCAAGAUGAUAAAGAGCCUUAAAGAACCACUCAAGGCAGAAGAAUGGCCCUGGAACCAGAAGAACAGGCAAAUCCAGGACAGUGGCUUGUUUGGUCAAUACCUGAUGACACCUUCCAAGGACUCUCUCUUUAUACUCGACGGAAGACUCAAUAAGUUAAACUGUGAGAUCACUGAAGUUGAGAAAGGAAAUACAGUUGUAUGGGUUGGAGAUGCCUAGGAGCACCAUUAUAUAAUUAUCGAAUGAAGAGUUUUACAGUACAUUGCACUUAAUUCAUUGUUUAAAUUUACAACUUAACUUUCAAACUUUAUGUCCUAGUCAAAGAUAACGUAUUUGGUUGGCCCAAAUAAAACAGAUUGUUUUUGACAAAAACAUUCACAAUCGAAAUUACUGGUUGAUGAGAAAUAUUUAACACAAUAAUUAGUGAGAAAUUACAUCAAUGACAGGAAUCAAAUGUAUAAUUAUUCUUUAAAUCAAUAAAAUAGGUUUUAAAUUCUUAAAAUGACUAAACUGCAGGGAAUUUCAAAUGACUUAAGCAUCAUUUAAUUUUGAGGGUAGUUUAUCUAUUUUUUCUGUCCUUUUAGUAUGCAUAAAUCAGAAAUAAAAUGUGUGUGGAAACUUAAAAUUCUUAAUUUAAAAUAUUCUGUCCCAUCCACUGUUGAUAAUCUUUUGUGCCUUGAAGGGGAUGUCAAAGGAGGAAAAAGAAAGCUAAAAGCUGCAUACUGAAACCUUCAUAGCUAUAAAUCUCGUUAUUAAAAAAUGUUCAACAACUCUUGCACCAAAUCCUGCCUUCAGUCGUUUGUUUAACCCUCAGUGAAAUAUCAUUUGAAGGCAUAAAUUGGCCUUAGGUUUUAUACAGGUGACAAACUCUAUUUGACAUUUACUGUAUAAUCUGCAGCAUGUUAUAGAAAAUGGGGAGGAAGGGAAAAAAUAAUUAUGGUAAAAGUGUUUGCAAUGUAUUAUCUACUGAUUUUGCUUUCAAUCACUAGAGUACAUUAUAUUUUUAAUGAAAGGCUGUCUGGUAUGUCAACUGCUUACAAAAGUUUAGUUUAUUAUCAGCAGAAUAGAUUCUGUCUUUUCACAUAGCCCGGUGUUGCAUCAUCAGGAACUUUCAGUUCUUAAAGAGAAGCAUUGCUUCCAUCUGCUUAGAGUAAAUCGCAUGUAGGAAAAGUAACAUCAAGGCAGAAAAAAUGGCAGAACUGAUGAGUAUUAGUGGCUUAGGAGAAUAAGUAAUAGAAGUUGAAAAAUGGGAGAUAGCCCCACAAUGGUGAGUAAAAAUGUACUUCUCCACCACUUUUGCUAUUUAAAUGUAAUCCAUCAAAGAACUUUAUUCCUAACAAUUUUUCUAAAUGGCUUCUUCUAUUCAACUCCUACAUAAUUCUAAAAUGACCUUCUCACUAACUGUGCUGUAGUUUGAAACCUAACUAAUCCUCUUAUUUGAGACACUGCAGAGAAGUAAAUUUACUGCUUCGUUUUGUUUUUUUUUUUCCCCAAAGGGCAAAAGAGAAAGCCAGUAGAAGGAGAUUAAAACCAGAGUUGGUUUAUUGAAAUAAACAGAUAAUUAUUCAGGAUUAAAGUAAUAGUUUACAUGUUCUGAGAAUUUUUUUUACUUAAUUUAGUUUUUAUUGUUGCUAAAAAUGCUAAUGGGUUGUUGAAAUGACCUCCAUUUACCGAAGGUAAUCCAAUAAGGACUUUUUUAAAUACAAAUUUUGCUCAAGUUUGAAUUGUGUAAAACUGCUUAGAAACCUGAAAUUUUAUAGUGUGUCCUAUCUUAUGUGUAUAUACCAUAAUAAGCUGUGUGAUACAGUAGAUUUCUUCUUAGCUUAAGGAAACAUUAUGGGAAGUAGAUUUAAUAAACAACAAAAAUCAGCUUAUGUUUCUUCUUAUUGAAUCUGCUUUACUUUUUAGCAAUUUUCUCCCUUGUGAACAUGAAUCAUAUAAAGUGUCUGUGACUUAAUGAUUUUAUGUAAGUCUGUCACACACAUCUUUCUUUGGUAGUUUACACCAUGUGGAUGCUCUGUCUGUAGACAUUGCUUGAUAAAAGGAGAAUAAACCUCUUACAUUUUAACCCCUGA